AUGACGCCAAGAGAUGAUAUUUGUCUUGGGCAACCACUCAAAGAUCACGAGCAUUUGGAUCAUGAGACGGUGGGCCUGGUUCUGCAGAUUUGUCCUUUGAGUUCCACCUUCCAUCCUCAGAAUGUGUUUUGCAGCGUGGGCUGCGUCAAGGUCCAGAGGGUGACAACUU